AUGACUCGCAAGCGCGUGGCGAUCGGAGGCACUUUUGCGUGUGAUGAAGCACUGGCCGUGCCCUUGCAGCAUCUUCUACAGCAUGCCGUACAAGGCGUCGAUGUGGACUUGCAAUGGCUACGGUAUGGCAGUCUGGCAAAUUUUGACGAGUGGUCGAGCAACGCACUGCAAUCGUCGCAUCCAGUGGACUUGGUACUUUUACUUGUUCGCCUGAGUGACCUUAGAGCUGAUCAUCCUGAGUUGCACGUCAAGAAGGAUAUUGACGACGGUGUCGGUUCACUUGCAGCAGAACUUUGUCGAUUCUCGAGCGAUCUUGAGCGAUACGAUAGCAUGGGCGUGACCACUUCUUCACCCCCGCUGGUGGUUAUGCUGUGUCCGUGUCCACCGACUAAUUCAGCACAUUUCGCCGCCAUGGAGCGUGCGAUUCAGGUUAAGGCAGAGGCAUUGCGAAACGUGACCGUGCAGUCGGUAGAGCAGCUUAUGACACUCUUUCACCAGCAGUAUGUGGCUGCGUACUACGACGCUGUCGCGGAGAAGCUCCAGCAUUCGCCGUACACUCAAGCAAUGUCGAACGUGCUGAGUCUAUCGUUGUGUCGACAGAUAUGUCGCCUUUUUCGUUCCGCCAGCCACCAUAAGAAAGUGAUCGUUCUGGAUUGCGACAACACGUUGUGGGGCGGGGCCGUCGCCGAAGUUGGUGCUAGCGGAAUCGCACUAGCGCCGCGUUUUCUCGCACUUCAGCGUUUCAUUGUUGCGCAGCAGGAACGAGGUAUGCUGAUCGCACUUUGCAGUAAAAACAUUCUCGCAGACGUGACUGAGGCAUUCACGCAGCGUCGCGGUGACAUGAUACUCAAGAUGGAUCAACAUGUGAUCGCCGUCAAGGCGAACUGGCAGCCGAAAUCAGAGAAUAUCGCACAGCUCGCCGAAAAACUUUCGCUUGGACUGGACUCGUUCAUUUUCAUCGACGAUAACCCUCUCGAAUGUCAUGAGGUCGCGGCUGCACUGCCCGCCGUUACCGUCAUUACACUUGGCGCAAAUUUUUCGGAAAAAGUUCUGGAUGAAGAAUGGGUUUUUGACCAAGGUCUGGGCACUAACUCACAUAAAUUAGGGGCAAGUUCCAGCACAAAAGAAGACAGCGAGAGAACGCAGCUUUACCAACGGAAUCUGAAGCGGAGUCAACUUUGCAAAUCGUCGGCAACGCACAAGGCGUUUUUGAGUGCUCUUGGCGUAAAGAUCGUUCUCGAAGAACUUGAUCGUGAAAUUGAGCUCCAAGGGAAGAGUGCUUCAUUUACUCGAGUUCUCCAGCUGCAUCACCGUACAAACCAGUUUAACACAGCAACUACUUUUGCAAAGUGUCUGGCGGAAAAGGAGCUGCUCAACUACGUCGCUCUUCCAAACCAUACAGUCGUCUGCGCUCAUGUGACUGACCGGUUCGGUCAUUACGGCCUAGUCAGCGUUGCUCUUUGUCAGCAUACCCGUGACAACGAUGCCUUGCAUGUUGACAGCUUUUUGCUUAGCUGUCGUGCUCUGAACCGCGGUGUAGAGCAUGCUAUGAUGCGAAGACUGAGCGAGAUUGCAGCAAAAGCAGGUUGCACGUCGCUCGAGUUUGAUUGGGAACCCACAGAGCGGAACAAGCCAGCACAUGUGUUCUUUGCAGCAUUGCUAAGUGUGAAGUUUGUAGACACAAGCAGUCAGCUUUGUCGGACAAAUCUUAGCAGCCAUUUGCAUGGCACCUGGGUGAUUCCACGUGAUAAAGCAAGCGAUGUGUCUUUCCUCAAGGCUGAUGUCGGAUGCCAUCACGAUAGCUCGAAGGGAACGAUGGGUGGAUCUCUUAGCCGUCGACUCGUUUGGCGGCUCCAAGAAUUCGGACUUUCAGUCCUCGGGUGGAUACUGUCUUCUAUAUCGAUACCGCGGGGGUUGGCACAUUUAUUCAGGCCGCCCAGUGUCCACCAGCUCGAACAUACCGGGUCUGUUGGGUUAUUGCGUGUGCCUCUCCGCAAUCGUGGCAGUUUAGAGCGAUUCCUCGAUCCCGUUUUGCACGACAUCCCAAGCGUGCACGGCUUCGUGGGCUCCAAUGGCGACAGUGUUGACACAAAUGCUGACAAAUUCAGAAGGAAGGCACGCCACCAAACGAAGCUGGUGCUUGCAAAGUAUACUCCAGAAGAGGCGCCACGCGUGAUUUGGUCUUCCAGCCAACCUCAAGCUGCGGCCACUGGCGACCCCAGUAUCGAUGAUGUAGCCUUUCCAUCCGUGAGCCUCCAUCUCAUUUGUAGGUCCCCGCAGUGCUCGACAGUUGUCCAACGUGAUAGUCGAUGUGCCCUUCAGCGCUGCCGAAUUUGCUGCUACCGGAUUCAACGGCUUGUGAUGCGCUCAAUACACCACGAAAAUGCGCACGCUAGACAGUCGGCUGUUGACGCGCUUCAGGUGGAACUCGUUGGCGUUGUCUCGUUAGUAUCCGCGACAGCAUCAUGCAAAGUGCACCAAAACGAGCGGCGGCGUGGGGAGAUAAUUAGACGCAAAUAA